AUGGCUCUGCCUGAGCACAGCUUGGCCUUGGAUUUUUCGGCUGGCAAGUACCGAUCUGGCCUUGCCUUGCUGCACGCGAUGUCGCAAGUGCAUGUGUCCGACAGCGUCUUCUGCCACAGGCAUCGCUGGAAGGUGGGUCUCCUGCAGGUCGUCGACGACGCUUGGAAGGCUCAGGCGUUGCCCGAAGACGACUUGGUCCUCCCCGAAGGGCAUCAGAUCAAUUUGGACGAGUCCGACGAUAAAACGCCCGAAAUGGAUGGAGCUUACGGGCGAUCAGAAGAGAGAUGGUGUGAGCUGCCCUUGACACACUUCCUGGAAGAGGAGGCUGAGGUGGCUGUUGACAGGGCUUCCAGCUUCUGA